AUGAUGUAUAACAACAAAAUCCGAGAAUCUUCAGACAUCGAAAACAUCAUUUUACCUAUUGGAGAGAUGAUGAAUUCUUCAACAGAUUUCGAUUAUCGAAAAAUACAAGUUCGCUUUAUUGUCGAUCUAAUUCUAAUAGGUGAUCGCAUAUGUUCCCGUACCGAUUGGAAUAAUGCUGUGAGUCCAGAAGAUAAGGUGCUCCUAACACUGAGGUAUUAUGCAACAGGAUCAAUGUUAAUUGUAUGUGGAGAUUUCAUUGGCAUUCAUAAAUCGACUGCAAGUCGUAUUGUGAAACUUGUUUCACAUAACAUUGCUAUAUUACGUUCUCAGUUUUUUGUCAAUUUUCCCAACAAUGAAAAUGAUUUUAAAAAAGUCAAACAAGAUUUCUACAACAUAGCUAAAUUUCCAACGGUUAUUGGUGCAUUAGACUGUACCCAUGUCAAGAUUAAAUCACCUGGAGGAGAUAAUGCAGAAGUAUAUAGAAAUAGAAAGAAUUUUUUCUCAAUCAAUGUACAGACAAUUUGUGAUGCAAACUUAAAAAUUCAAGACAUAGUAGCUCGAUGGCCUGGUUCAUCACACGAUUCUACUAUUUUCAAUAAUUCAGAAAUACGAAGGAAACUAGAAAUUUGGCGAAAUGAGGCUACAGGAAUAAAUGUAAAAAUUACUUCAUCACAAAGUACUAUUGUUGCUACAGCAGUAUUACAUAAUAUAGCCUGCAAUUUUGGAGAAAGCGUGCCUAGAGUUACAACCAAAAUAGAAUCGUUAAUUUUAAUAACAGAAUUUAAUAACCCAGGCGAAGGUAUAGGCAGGAAUGCAGCCAACAUUACAAGAAAUAAGUUCCUUCGCUAUUUUAACAACUUAAUUUGA